CCUCCCGCCUGCUCGGGUCGCUCGGCGAUGGAUCGCCUGCUCGCUGGGCGCUGAAGGCAUCCCCGGGACCCGGAGCGCAGCCCGGGAAAGAAACACACAGUGGUUUUUAUGAGUAGAUCUUUGGAUUCAGAGGUUGGCUGAAACGCACCAUGCCUGCUUCCAUCCUUUGCUCCAGAAAGUUGUGAAUUGCUCAUGCCUAUAGGGAGGAAGGAUGGCACAUGGGAUUCCUUCUCAAGGCAAAGUUACCAUAACGGUGGAUGAGUACAGCUCCAACCCCACCCAGGCCUUCACGCACUACAAUAUCAACCAGAGCAGAUUCCAGCCGCCACAUGUACAUAUGGUCGACCCCAUCCCAUAUGACACUCCAAAACCAGCGGGCCACACGCGGUUUGUCUGCAUCUCAGACACACACUCCAGAACAGAUGGUAUCCAGAUGCCUUAUGGGGACAUCCUUCUCCACACAGGCGAUUUCACCGAGCUGGGACUGCCCUCAGAGGUUAAGAAGUUUAAUGACUGGUUAGGAAACCUGCCAUAUGAAUAUAAAAUAGUGAUUGCUGGGAAUCAUGAACUGACAUUUGAUAAGGAAUUCAUGGCAGACCUUGUUAAACAGGACUACUACCGUUUUCCCUCUGUGUCCAAAUUGAAACCAGAGGACUUUGACAAUGUUCAAUCCCUCCUGACAAACAGUAUUUACUUGCAAGAUUCGGAGGUAACAGUGAAGGGGUUCAGGAUAUACGGGGCACCGUGGACCCCGUGGUUUAAUGGAUGGGGCUUUAACCUACCCAGAGGUCAGUCUCUGCUGGACAAGUGGAAUCUCAUCCCUGAAGGCAUCGACAUACUCAUGACACACGGACCUCCUCUAGGUUUUCGAGACUGGGUUCCAAAGGAGCUUCAAAGAGUGGGCUGCGUGGAGCUGUUAAACACAGUCCAAAGGCGAGUCCGGCCCAAGCUCCACGUGUUUGGUGGAAUCCAUGAAGGUUAUGGCAUCAUGACGGAUGGUUAUACGACGUACAUCAAUGCCUCAACUUGUACAGUCAGCUUUCAACCAACCAACCCUCCAAUUAUAUUUGACCUUCCAAACCCACAGGGUUCCUGAAGCUCUAAUGCCCAACUGGAAUGUGAGGAAAGGUCUAUAAACUGCCAUUUUUCUAAUUAUAAAAUUUACAUUCUCUUACUUGUUUAUUUCCAAAUCCUUUAAGUUCUUUUUGUAAAUUGCUAGCAACAUGAACGAUUCUAGAGGUUGUGCUUCUUCUUUAUUUUUUUUUUUUUAAAUGGGGCAUCCAUUUGAAAUCAAAGGAGCAUUGUGAAUUUGUAAGAUAACUUCUGUUUUCUCAAAGGCCACGCCAUUGUAAAUUGUUAGUCUUCGCCAAAGGACAGCCAAGCUUUUUUUAAAAAAAAAAAAAAGUGAUAAAAAAUUUUUUAUUUUAAUAUGCUUUAAGCUGGAAGAAAAAGGAAAAAAAAAAAAAAAAACAGGUAGACAGUGUUUUUAAAAAACCACCCAAAUUUGCACAACUGGUUGAGUACUGUUUGAAGUAUUUUAUUAUUUUAUUAUUUUUUUUCCUGUUGUUAUUUUCUUGGAAAUACUUCUUUUUUGCAGAUGUGGCCCCAAUAUAUAACAAUCUUCUCAACGAAACUAGAUGUGGAAAAGGACUUCACACUCUCACUAUAAAGAAAGCUGUGUCAAGGGAAGAAAACAGCCCUGGUUUGAAGGAUGGCUUAGCUAGUGAGAUCCAUACUGUGGUUCUACUAGGUCUCAUUGUUUGUUUGUUUGUUUCUUUUUUUAAAUUAUUUUAGCUUUAAAAAUAUGGAAAUGGAAUCUGUCAACAGCAGGUAUUUCAUGCAGUAAAAAAAAAAGUGCAGACUCCUUUUCAAUAUGGAUUUAUAUAUAUAAGUAUUUUUUGUGUAUUAUAAUUUAGGAGUUUAAUAUUGCCAAGGACAGUACAACUGCAAAGAGACGCUGUAUAGCAGCACAUCAGAAGUCUGAAGAAGCUGACACAUUUUCUCAGAACUCAAGGUCUUAAAGAGCUUGAGUUAAAUCUAGUUGCAGUCGCAAGCGUGUGUAUAGACUUACAUGGAUGCAAUGGAAGCUAACUAAAGUAAGGCUUAGUUGUCCUUUCUAUUUAAACACCCUGAAUUGUCUUCUUACUUCCUCUCCCUCCCUCCCAUUUUGCACUGUGUGUCGAUGCAAUCUUCGCUAGCACAAAAUAUUGUCGCUAAUAGUCAUUUCUGUUUUCCCAUUGUAAGGGCUGUUAAGCUUUAUUCUAUUUUAUGUUACCUUGUUAAUGAAAUUUAGGAAAGCAGUGUUUCUUUAAAUUUAUUGUGAUAUUCUAUAUCUAGCGGCCUUUAUAUGCAAAUAAAAUUGCAAGAUUUUUAAAUUCGUGCUGUUUGGAAGGGUUGAGUGGUGGGAGGAUGAUGGUUUAGUUCUGUAGAAGAGGGGAUUUAUUUCUAUGCAGCAUCAGUGAUCUCUUCCAGAAGAAUUAGAAUAAGUGACUUUUAUUCCCCUAAUUUCCAAUAAAUUUUUAUUACCCUCCAUCUCUGUUGACAGGUAGAUCGAUAAGGCACUCAGUGUACUCUUUCUUUCAUCAGGCUGUGAUCUGUCUUGCCGUAGAUUUCAGGGGGUGAAGAUCUUCUCAUCUUUUGCCAUUGUAGUUUCUACAGGAACAGAGUGACCGUUCAGUCAGUGUUGCAGACAUUGUAGCAGCCAUGUGCAUGGUAGCUGGGGUGGAGGGGGGGGAGACGUAGAGAGAAAACAGUUGAUAGUAGAGUAAUGACUGCACAUCCUCAUUUGUCCCCAAGAGCAGUCACCAUGUCUCCCUUACUGUUUUUUUAAUGACGCCCGCCCAUUAAACGCUGUUGCAGCCAGAGGUGGUGGACGGUGGGGUGGGGGGAGUUGUGUAUAUUGUUUCCAUUUCCUCUGGAAGAAACAUAGAAGAAAAGCGGCAUGAUCUUGAACUGCAGCCUAUCCCAAAAGUCUACCUCUCAAUGCCUGCUGGAUUGUGUAUCCUGAUGCAUCUCCCUUCUACCCAUGGAAGAUCCUUUGGUGUAAUUUCUGAAAGGAAUUCUUCAUUUUCAGUCCCAGCAAAGAAUGUUCUAGGCCAGAAUUUCAAGCUCUAACUCAUGUGUAUCAUCUUAGACUAUGACAGUUGUUAGUAUUUAUUAAGUGUCUCAGAUGCUCCCCAGAACCUGUGCCAGUCACCUUAGCCUGAGCUUGCAGAGGAGGCCCCUGGUGCUCAAGCUUCCCAACUGAUGGUGGUUUUGUGAUGGGUGGUCUAACUUGGGCCAGAGGAGCCACUCCAAGCACCAACCCUCUUUUGACUUGUUAUAUCAGUAAAGAGGGUACAAACUUCAGGUUCCUCAUGGGGGACUGGAGCGAGAGGUGGGCUGAAGGGAAAUUUCACCUGGCGACUAUAUGAGGAGCUAAGCUCAGACUUCUGGAAAAGCAGGCUUUUCAGAGACAGGUGAUCAUGAUGACAAGUGUACACGAACAGCCCUUGAGAGCACGUCUGGACACUAAUUAAGCUAAGCAGUUAAUAAAAUUGCGUUCCACUGUGUGGAGACAGGAAGCAACCCAGUCUGCCAAACCUAGAGAGGAAAAGAUAGCCUAGCUCAUAGAGGGAGCUUCCUUCAGCGGUCCACCAUUCCAUUGUGCAUGAAUUGCCUCCAGGCAGUGCAGACUGACCAGAGGUCUGAGGCUUUCUCCACUGGACCUUCUAACAAGGAAACAUUCAAAAUAGUUCUUAAA